GAUCUUUUGGGUCUACAUUACGCUGACCCGGUGAAUGUGCCAGUAUAAAUUCAUUUAUUUCACAUCUGGAUGCAUCGGGAGAAUGCUGAGCCAAAACAACCAAACGACUCCUGAGCAGAAGGCUGUCGUGGCCUGGUAGCCAUGGCGACGAGAGCACAGCGUUUGCUGUCGGCGAACAGGAAGAGGAGUGUCGUUUUCUCCUGUUUUGUUGUUGUUAUCUUUAGCAUUCCCGCUGCACACCAUGGAGAUUCCGGCCACUAUCCGAAAACGUUUGGAAGAUUUUUCUCGUAAUGUGUUUGUGGAGCAGGGUCAGGCUCCCUCGAAGGAGCGCUACACGUCACCGGCACACGACAGACGCGUUUUGUCCAGUCUGCCCCUCCAGAUGUCUCUGUUCUUCAACAUGUGCUUCUUCCCCCUGUGGUGGAUCAGCGAGCUCAUCAUGCUGCACCUCAAAUAUUCUGCUUUGCCUGACUACUAUAAAUUUAUCCUUGUGACUGUCCUCAUCCUGAUGACUGUGAUUGAGGCCAUCAGACUUUAUCUCGGCUAUGUGGGCAACCUGGGGGAAAAGAUUGCAGAGUUGGCUGGUUUUUGGCUGCUGAGUAUCUUGCUGCAGUUGCCACAAAUCCUCUUUCAGCUUUUCAAUGAAGCCAUUCUCGUCCAACCCUUGGAGAGAGGCAUUCAUAUCGUUCUAGCGCUUUUCAUCCUCACGCAAGCUGUUGCUGGUUUUGUGGCUCUCCGGGACUUGGUCAGGCAUACAGAGAGUCAGUUUCAUCUUCGCCAGUUUGACUGACUUCACACAUCAGAGCACCUCAUACUGCUGAGACUCAGCCUCAAUAUCAUAUUUUGUUUUUAUAAAAUGUACAAAUUUCAUAUAUGAAGAGAAAACAUUUAUUUUUUUAUUUUGUUGACAUUUCAUGGGAUUGCACUAUUGAUGUUUUUAAAUAAAAACUUGGAACUUA